GGUCACAUAGCCUUUUUGAUAAAGCGGUUCUGAACUCGUCACACGCAAAACUUUGGUGGCUGUGAUACAACUGAUCGGUUUGCAAAUUCGACUAUUUUCAGCACGUAUGUGUAAAACUACUAUAAUAAAAUAUGGAUGUGCGUUCAAUAUACUUAAAAUGACAAUGACCGAAGUCUGUUCGAUAGGAAGUUAGUUAACGAAUGAAAGGACUAUAUUUCACUUAUGGCUAACUGGGACCGAAAUAAAAAUAUUUUACUGGAAUUGGUGAAACUUCCCAACAACAGCCGAUGCGCAGACUGUUGCGCCCCGGACCCAGACUGGGCAUCUUUCAAGCUUGGCAUUUUCGUGUGUCUGAACUGCUCCGGGACCCACCGCAACCUGCCUGCCAUCAGUCGCAUCAAAUCCAUACGCCUGGACAACUGGGACGAUGACCUGGUACAGUUCAUGAAAGCUAACGGCAAUGCUGCAGCCAGAAACAUCUAUGAGGCCUCGGUCCCAGUCUUCUACUAUACGCCCCAGCACCAGGACUGCACAGUUCUGAAAGAGCAGUGGAUUAGGGCCAAGUAUGAGCGGAGGGAGUUCACUGCAGAGAGCACGCCCUUCCAGCGGACCUACGCUGCUGAAGUCUAUGAAGGGUCGUUAUGGAAGAAGGGCAAGGACAACAAACACUUCUUGAAAAGGAGGUUCCUCCUCUCUCAGAAGGACUUCACCCUGAAGUACUUCACUAAAGAAGAUAGAGACAUAUUUCACCCGCAGCAAUCCAAGAUGCCCAAAGCAGUUAUUGCUGUAAAAGAUCUGAAUGCCGUCUUCCAACCAGAGAAGAUUGGUCACAUGCAUGGGCUCCAGAUCUCCUACGUCCAGGAGGACCACACCAGGAACUUGUUUGUGUACCAUGACAAUGGGCAGGAGAUUGUUUCCUGGUUCAACGCAAUACGAGCCGCCCGCUUUGCUUUUUUGAAAAUGGCCUUUCCUGGAGCCAAUGAAAGUGAGCUCGUACCCCUGCUAACCCGAAGUUACCAAAAAGAAGGUUAUAUGGAGAAAACUGGACCGAUGCACUGGGAGCUGUUCAAGAAGAGAUGGUUCAUUCUGAACUCUAAGGACAGAAAGCUGCUCUAUUUCAAAACCCCACUGGAUGCUGUAGAGCUGGGCGUCAUAUUCAUCGGCUCAGAGAGUCACGGCUACUCAGUGAAGGAGUGCCUACCCAGAGGCACGCGCGGGAACAAGUGGAAGUGCGGGGUGACCAUGGAUACGCCGGACCGGCAGUUCAUCUUCAUGUGUGAGCAGGAGCGAGAGCAGAAGGAGUGGGUCGCGGCCUUCCAGAAGGUCAUCGCUCGGCCCAUGCUUCCCCAGGACUAUGCCACGGAAGCCAGCUUGAGGAGAAGACGAUAACUACAGUCAUUUGAAAUAAGGUGCAUUUGUAAAGGACAGGAGACGGAAGAAAUACCUACCUGGUCUCGGUUUACCUCUCCGCACACUCAGAAGCGGCACGCUCCAUGGUGUCGCACAGCAGGAUUAGUUCUGGAUCAGUGCCAUUUCAAGCCCCUCUGUAAUAUCCAUGGAUGCCUUACGUUCUACUUGUGGUGCUGAUAUUCAUGAAAGAAAACUGACCUUCAGUUUGAGUGUAUGCUUGUCUGUAGGCCGGCUUGCAGUGCUAACAUCCACAAUGAGGACCAUUCAAAUGCAGGCCCCCACCUCACUAUCAGAUUUCAUCCCAUUUUCUGUUUGCGAAAUAAAGACAUACUUGGCAUUAGGUAUAGCCUACCUGUCCCUGUUGAAAAUGCUCUUUCCGAGUAACCUCCAGUGAACAGUGUGAAUAUUGAUUUACUCAGUAUUCAGUUGGGUUGUAUUUCACUUGAAAAUGAAGAAUAACAUUAUUUUCAAAUAAGAUUUGUAUUUUUAAGUGGAAUGUCAGCUUUUUAUAUUAAAUGCCCAAAACUA